CUCGGUGCGGAAAGGCCGUGCCCAGAGCGUGCUGCGCUGGUUCACCACCGUGGUGCUGUGUGCCGCCUUCCUGGGGCUGGGACUGAGUGUUGCUAUCCUGGGGCCCACCUUUCCAGACUUGGCAAGGAACGUGAACAGGAACAUCAGCAGCCUGUCUCUGAUUUUUGUGGGCCGCGCCUCAGGAUAUCUCUGUGGCUCUAUGAUUGGAGGAGUCCUUUUUGGCUGUAUGAAUCAUUUUUUACUUUUGGGAGUGUCCCUUUCUGCUACCACAGUGGGUCUUUAUCUCAUGCCAUUCUGCAAGACAGCAGCCUUACUGAUUGUCAUGAUGUCUGUCUUCGGGAUUUCAAUGGGCAUUCUGGAUACAGGUGGGAACGUCCUCAUCUUGGAUCUUUGGGGGGACAAAGGAGCCCCACAUAUGCAGGCCUUGCACUUCAGUUUCGCCUUGGGUGCCUUUCUGGCUCCCCUGCUGGCUAAAUUGACCUGGGGUACCACAGCAUCUGCUCAGAACCACACCGAGUCCGACUUUAACUCUCUAAUGCUGAACCGAUCCUCCAAAGCCCCCUCAGACUCUGUGUUCGCGGUACCCGAUGACAUGAAUCUGCUGUGGACAUAUGCUUCUAUUGGCACCUAUGUCUUAGUAGUUUCUGUCUUCCUGUUUGGUCUGUUUUGUAAGAAACAUUCAAGGCAGGAAAAAUCCACAGCAUCUGCUCAGGGAGCUCGAAGGGCUAAAUAUCACAGGGCCCUGCUCUCUCUCCUCUUCCUCUUCUUCUUCUUCUAUGUGGGAGCCGAGGUGACCUACGGCUCUUUUGUAUUCUCCUUUGCCACCACCCAUGUUGGCAUGGAAGAGAGCGAGGCAGCUGGCUUGAACUCCAUCUUCUGGGGGACCUUUGCAGCCUGCAGGGGCCUGGCCAUCUUCUUUGCGACAUUCUUACAGCCUGGAACCAUGAUUGUGUUGUGUAACAUUGGCAGCCUGGCCUCGUCUUUAUUUCUGGUCCUUUUUGAUAAAAACCCUCUCUGUCUCUGGAUCGCGACAUCUGUGUAUGGAGCUUCAAUGGCAGCCACGUUUCCCAGCGGCAUCUCCUGGAUUGAGCAGUACACCACCUUAACUGGGAAAUCUGCAGCAUUCUUUGUAAUUGGCGCUGCCCUGGGAGAAAUGGCCAUUCCUGCGGUCAUCGGGAUUCUUCAGGGACACUACCCGGAUCUCCCAGUGGUUCUCUACACGGGUCUGGGCUCAGCCAUAUUCACGGCUGUUUUAUUUCCUGUGAUGUAUAAAUUAGCCACUUUACCCCUGCAACGCCAGCGCAAAGGAAGAAGGAAGAGCGAGGACCAGAAAGCUUUGCUCUCCAGUUCUGAGCAACAUGACUUCGAGGAAGAGAAUGAGGAGGAGGAUGCAGAGAAGUGGAAUGAGAUGGAUUUUGAAGUGGUCGAAAUGAGUGAUCCAGUACCGGAGUUUGCAAGGGAGACAUCUAGAGAUCUGGUAGAGCCCACAGCUGAGGGCUCCUGUCAGGGCCUUCCAGAUGCACUAAGUGUUGAGCCCUUGUCAGCCAGCAGCCACAGUUCUCCUGUGAAUCACCAGGACAAAGGAGAAUAACACUCAGGUGACGAAUUACCGAAUGACUUACUGCGUGACCGCCGCUCCUGAGGACACCACCUCAGAGCAGAGCUCUGGCUGGCUUUCAGUAUGCUUUGGCACUUGAAAUUUGUGUCUGUUUACAGGCAGGUUUGAAAUGAUUGGAGUGUUUAGAGCUCUCAGUCUUCUGUAGACUACCGUUCGUUCUUGUGCGCUGGGCUCUCAUUAGGAGACUGUUCUGUUGUCUCUGCCUUACAGAAGGCAUUGAGAAGUGAAGAUCUGGGUGGUGUGCAGGGUCAAGGCUCUGGAGAACGGGCUGAUUGUGGAGCAGUGAGUGUGCGUCCACACCCUGAUGAGUGGGUUGUCACAAAGCAUCUUUGGAGAUGGAAGGACAGUUUCCUUUUACCCUCUGUGUAGGGUUGAACUGAAAAAUACUGCUGACUAUGUAUUCCUGUGAGUAUACACAUAGGCUAUGCUUUCUAGGGAUCUAGCUUCCUCCCUCACUUCAUGUUCAGCUCUGACAAAAAACGGAUUUAUGUUUGAUCUCCUGUGAUUCUAGAAAUGCAAAUGAGAUUAUUUUUAAAUUUUAGGAUUUGUGUUUGUUUUGUUUCUUGAGUCUUACUUUAUAGUCCAGGCUGGCCUGGAAUUUACUAAGUAGGGCAGGUUGGCCUCUAACUCACCGUUCUGCUUCUGCCUCCUGAGUUUUGUAAAUAGAGGCAUGUGCUACCAUGCAUGGUGAAACGUGUAAGUUUUAAAGUUGUAUAAUAUUUUUGCUAAAAUAGCCCAUUUGUUUCAAAUACGUAAACCGAAACUGACGGGUAGCCCUGUGAACGUGCUGGAGCUUGUGCAAUCCUGAAGUUUGGCAGGCGUGGUAUUUAGUAGCACUGCCAUGUUCAUUGAUCUACAACACUCCCUUUCCCUUACACUCGAGGGUCGUCAUUUAGUAUUCUAGUAAAUUCUAUUCUUGUUUCCCACAUAUUAAAAAAGCCAGAAACAUUUUCCCAGUCACUCUCAUGUUCAGUGGUAAAAUGGUUCAUCACAUUUCAGAGAUUAUAGUACUUUUGCUGACAGUUUAAAAGGAGGUUAUUUUUAUAUGCUGCUGUCUGUGUCAUUCAGAGAGCAUCUGGGGACACAUUAAUUUUCUAUUAUUUUCUUAGCUUUUACUUUUGUCCAGUGCUGUUGACUUACCACAGGGCCUUGCACUUGCUAGUUAAGUGUUCUACCUUGGAACUAACUUCCAGCUCUUAGGUUUUAAUUAUAGAAGCUGUUUUAAGGUUACUGUGUAAGCUGCAGCGGUAUGGACGGGUCCUCCAAUGCCCACAGCCUGCCUCAUUAACAGAGGCUGGGGCUGCGGCUUGCCGGUGUAGGAUUUGACCCUCACUGGGUUGGGAUAUUACAUAUAUUAUGUAAACCAGGCUACAAGUUUGGUUUACAGAUGAGCUCCCAUCUGUUUGUGGUGACCAGAGAACCCAUGUCCCCUCCAGGACCACUCCCUGAGUUUGAAGUAACUGGAAACCAAAUUAAGAUGGAAAGACAGUGGUGGGAUGGCCGAGGAGUCAGGGAUGAGGAGUGUAACUUCACGAGUGUGACAGAGCUAGUCUAGGCCAGCCUUUGGUGACUGUAGUCUGGGCUAGCCUUUGGUAAAUGUAGUCUGGGCCAGCCUUUGGUAAAUGUUGUGUACCUUUCCCCAAGUUUUAUGCUGAGUGACAAUGAAUUGCUACAUGACUAAAAUAUGUUUGAAACCUCUUACCAAAUUUUAAGAAUUUGUUUUUCUUUAAAAAAAAAAAAAGAUGCUUACUUUCCUAAUAAAAAUAAAAAAGAUUACAUUUUUUUUUC